AUGACACGAUUUGUCGUCGUUUCGUCUCUGCUCCUCCUCGCAAUCAGCCACCUAGCCCACAGCCGCUCGAUCGCCGAUGACCGGAGCUCCGUCUCCGACAUCGACGUCGACGGCGACGGCGGCAAGUUUCUGCAGUGGGCGCCUCUUUCGGCCGCCACGGUGACGUGCGAGCCGGUGUACGGAUUCCUGCCAUGCUCCACCAAUGGUUGGGGAUUGCUGUUCAUGAUCGUCGUGUACAAUAUUUUGCUGUCGAUCGGAGGGAGCUACGUCGCCGCUGGGUCGAACCUGUGGCUGCAGAUCAUCGGGCCGGGCGUCGUCGGCGGCAGCGUGUUUCAGUUCCUCGGCACGAUUCCGCAGCUCGUUAUGAUGCUUUUACCAAUACUUACGAGUACCACAGAAGAGGCUCAAGCACGGGUGACAUCAGGAAUGGGGAUGGUGCUUGGAGGAGUAGCUAUCCUUCUCACAUUGAUAUGGGGCCUUACCGUCGUGCUCGGAAGUUCCGAUCCGGCUGACGAUGCUGGAAUCGAUACUUCCGAACCUGAAACUGCCACAGCCGGCUCUAGUAUCACUACAGACGUUGAAACGAGCUGGACGGCCAGGCUGGUGUUGGUAGCUUCGGUGCCAUAUCUUAUCCUUGAGCUUCAAAAUGCUAUCACCUCGUCGUCGGUGAAAAAAGUCUUCAUUCUUAUCGCUCUCAUUAUCACGGUUGCUUUGCUCUUUGGUUACAUUUUGUUUCAGUCGUUCCAGCCGUGGAUACAAAACAGACAUUUCGAGUUUAUGGUGGACAAAUAUGCAAAGGAUAAGCUACUGACACUUUUAACAACAAAUGGCAAGCCCAGUAUUGUGAAGAUACAAAGGUAA